AUGUACUCUAUCAAUAAAUCAAAGGUAUAUGACUACGAUAUCUAUUCAUACUUUUGUGAUAAUGAAGAAGAGGCGAGGGAGAGAAGAAAGAGAUUGGCAUUCUUGAAACAAUCAGCUGCCAACAUACAUCUCUUGAACAAGGCAAACGCAACCUUACCAACAGCAACUACAACAACUACAUCAACAACAAAUAGUUAUUCAAACUCUUAUGACUAUUGUAGUAGUUGUGAUGAAGCUGAUAAAGAAGAUGAAGAUACUGAAGAUGAAGAAGAAGAAGAAGACACAGAAGAAGAAGAGUACAGCGACGAAGAAGAAGAGGAAGAUGAAAAGGAUAGAAUAAUACCAAUACCAAAACAAAACAAUACAACUGAUUUUGGAUGUUACACCAAUACAACUGUUACUGUUAGUAGUAGUAGUAAUAGUAAUGGUUGUACAACUGCAACUAUAUCAUCAUCAACUAAUAAUAACAAUAACGAUAACGAUAAUAAUAAUGUAAAUAAUAAUAUAUGUAAUAAUAAUGUAAAGAAUAAGAAGAAGAAGAAUAAUAAUAAUACAAAUAAGAUAUGUAGUAAGAUAAAGAGACGACAAAUGGAAGGAAAUAAUAAUCAUCAUGGUAUGGUAAAGAGUCCAAAACCAAUAUACGUUUCAUCGGGAGGAAGUAUGAGUAGUUAUGAUGAAGAUUGUCUGUUUGAAGACUACCAAGAUGGUACUAUACAGCUCGACGGAGCUGCAGAUCUACAUCGUCAACAACAAGACCUACACCACAAACUCAACGGAUCACAUAGUAAUAGCAGUAUUGGAAAUGGAAUCAAUGGCAAUGGCGGAAUCAACGGUACCAACAUGUUGUCACAAAACUCUAGUCACAAUGGAAUCAAUAUACAAUCACAACUCAAUCGUUACACGUCCGAGGAUUUCAAGAGAAAGGAUUGGAAUGAUGAAUUUCAAACAUUAUUGGCUCAUCCAGAUACUGAACAAAAGUUUAGUAAAUUAUCUCAUUUGGCAAGAGACUUUGUUGCUGCUGCAAAGAAUUAUGCAACAAUUAUUAUUAAUGAAUUAUGUUUACCAUAUAAAGAAAAGAGUUUGGCACCUGUUGAUGUUGGUGGUAUUGCAGGUGGUAUGAAGUGGUAUUGUCAAGGUAUCCUAUUCAAGUUUGCAAUGGAUACAAUGUUGAGUGACGAUUGUUGGAUGUAUGGUGGUGAUAUGCCAAGAGAUGAUUAUGCUUCAAAAGCUGCUUCAAAUGAAUUAAAAGGGUUAAUAUCUUAUUAUAUGACUGGUGUUCAAGGUUUACAUUAUCCUCUUAUUGCAUUAAUUGAUUAUAAAGGAUUUAGAAUUAUAGCAUUAUCAUUAUUACCAAUUAAUACUGAUACAAUUAGAUAUGGAUCAUGUGAUAGUGGAACCAUUGUACAUUACGACGUACCAGACUUGAAUACAAAGAUGCGAGAGGCUGGAAAAAAGAUAAACUUGAAACCACAUAAAGUUGGAAGUGAUCCUGAAUUUACUAAAGUAUUAUCAAGUCCUGGUGAUAUUGAAGCUCAUUUGGGUUCUGAUAAUAGAUAUUAUGUAAUUGAUUUUAGUAGAACAUUUCCACCAGAGGCAUUGUUAAAGAGAACAGAUGUAAAUAGAAGAAGUAUAUUUUAUAAUUUAUUGAGACCCGAGUUUGUGGCAAAAUGGAGCAAACCACUUUGUAGUGACGCGUUUACAGGGUGGCAGAGAUUAGACGAGGAGAAACAAGAACACAAUAAGGAGAUUGAAGACGCAACAGAGUAUUUGUUGAACCAGGCAGUUAGAGAAUUGGCAGAUAAAUUGGAUCGAGAUGUCAAGGGUAAAAUGCUUCCAAGUGCAGCUGCCAGUAACCCAGCAUCAAAUAAUUUAUCGGCAGUGACUACUGGAGGAGCUGGAGGAGAAGAUCCAACCGAUUUUAAUGAAAUCAAAACACAAUUUGCAAACAAGUUUCUACCAAUUGUAAUGAAGCGUUUGGAACUUGGUAAUACACCACCACAAAUACUACAACAGCAACAACAAGUCGCAGGAGAGAUUAACAAUACACAGGCGUCAUCUACGAUGAAUGAUUCAAUGGAUUCAGUGGCAACAUCUGCCAGUAUGCCAGACACACCCGUUCGAAAACAUGUUAGGUCUCUGAACCAAGUGAAAAAUGAAACACCCAAAAUGUUGUCAACACUCAACGAAGAAAUACAUCGACUAGGUAUUAAUCUUAGACAUAUGGGUAGAAUUCGUCAUUUUUCCUUAUCACUUAAAGUUCGUGAUUUAUUAUUACUUGAAAUGACUGCAAGAUCAAUUAAAACAAUUAUAAAAGAUGAAAUGAGAUCAAAAAUGAAAGAAGUACAAGGAUUAUCAGAAGAACCAUUUAAACAAAUUGUUAUUUUAAUAUUUAAUCAAGUAUUGGAUUAUCAAUCAUUGAUAUGGAAGAGAAUUAGAGAGAGAAUCAAAUCAAAAUAUAGUUUGGCAUUUAUGAAACUGGAUCCACGUGGGUCUGGAACGAUUAUUGAAGAGCAAGAAGAGAAUUGGAUGGACUCUAUUAAUCCACGAAACUUGUUUGAACGACUACAAUAUCUGACUGGUAUAUCAUUAUCGCCAAUCGCACAACACGAGUUUACACGUGACCCAUUCUCGUUUCAAUUUGUAGAUUCUGAUAUUCAAGAGAUCUAUGCCAAUGUUAAACAUAUGAACAUUGUCGAUUAUGCAGAGGGUAUGGCACUGAGCAUGGCCGCCAAGUCCAAGAGUGGACGAGAGCAGUUGCGUCUGCUUAAAAUGGCCACCUCCAAGUUCCAGUCAUCUCUUAAAUCCAAUCCCGACAAUUUCGACUGUAUUUGCCAACUUGGUAGAACGUUGAUUUUGCAGGCCAAUUCGAUCAAUGUCGUGUCGGGUGCGUUCGGCAAGAACCUCUAUCUCAGAACACUUGAAGAGGCAGCCGCCAAGUUUAAAGAUGCUAUCCAAAUAGCACCUACCAACUGCAAGGCAUACUAUGAGUUGGCACAUCUCUAUAUCCUCAUUGCACAGUAUUACCACAAUGUCCCCUUUCAAGCUCAGAAACACUAUAAAAUGGCGUCGAUCGAAUUUGACCAUGCUCUCCGAUACUAUGAUCAACAACAAUCAAACUAUGUACCACCCAACGCCUCUACAACCAAACACAUUACAAAACGUAUCAUUGUGUCUAGUGAAGGUGAAGGUGAAGAGGAGAGAGCAGAAAGAGAGAGAAUUGCCAAGGAAGACUUGUUCACCACUGUUUUUGCAGACACCAAGAAAUUGUUUGAUUUUGGUAAAGAAGGUAUGUCGAUGUCAUUGAUUGGUGUAGCAAAUAUUUGCGAAGUAUUGGAAAAGCAUAGACCUAGAGAUGUUGGAGUAAAGUUGUUGCUUGGUAAAGCACUUGUCUAUCGACCAUCUCAUCACGAAGAUUCAAAUGAACGUCGACAACAGGAAUUCUUUGUUCAAGCCUACACUAAAUUCAAUCAUGCUCUGCUAAUUGAUCGUGAUGCAGUCUAUGAAGCAAUCUUUAAAAUUGGUAAAGAUAUGUGGAUCAACUCGAAACUAGGUAGUAAACGUCUCUACUAUCCAACAGCUCUCAUCUUUAGACUAUUGGUACAAUAUCAUCCUAGUCCAGACAACAAAAUCUAUUCAAUGUAUUCAGAUUCUCUAAAUGAAAUGAUUAAAUUUAAUAGUGCAAAUAAUGAUGAUACAUUUAUAAUUGAAUUAUCAAAUCUUUAUGAUAAAUUAUUUAAAAUGAAUAAUCAAUAUGUAUUAGAAAAAUUAAAUGAUUCAUUAAAUAAUCAAGGACAAAGUUUAGUUGAUUUAUUGGUAAUGGCAACUUAUUCAAAAGAGAUUAAAGAGAGAAUGAAAUUGGCAAUGAGUGGGAUUAGAUCGAUUGAUUUUCAUCGUACAUCGAUCAAUGAUCAAGUGAUGGGUAUUUUAGGAGAAUUCUUUGACAGCACUGGAACAUUGGCAAGUGACGGAUCAAGGGUUGACAGAGCUGUUGUCAGUGGUUGGUAA